UAAGCAGUAUUUUAUGGAAGUUUUCCCUGAGGGUAGGCUAAGGCCUUGUACACACGAUCAGUCCAAACUGAUGAAAACGGACUGAAGGCUGAAGGCUCCCAACGAAGACUAUAAGUAGCCAUUUCCACACACAUGGUCCACUUUAAUCACCAUCAGGAGAUGAAGGCAGCGGUGGUGAUGGGGAAUUUUGAGUUGUCUUCGGCAAACUGAGAGAACAGGAAGCAAGGAAAACCUCUCCAACAAGGAUACAGAGAGCAUUUGGAAGAUCUCCCAAGUUCCAGCAGGAGUCAAUUCAAAACCAUGUGAUGGGAAACUCAACCUGAAACCAAUUAAUGUCUUUUGGGUGGUUGCCACUGAUUUGAAUCAGAUGAAACCUUCAUACGUCUCCCAGGGACUCCAUUGAGUUCAUUUGUCUGGAGCCAUAACAGAGCAACAAGAGCCAUGAUAUAUUCUCCGUAAUGUCCAAUAGAUGUGGAGAUCCGACUCCCUUUGCACUGUGGAGGAAUAUGGAGAAAAUCAUAGAGCAGAACCAGUAUUCUGCCAGGAAGUCCAAGCUGAAAAUGUCACAGUAGUAGAGGGAGGCAUGGCCGAGAUUACCUGUAAGUUACACCAGUAUGACGGCUCCAUUGUGGUGAUCCAAAACCCUUCCAGACAAACCCUCUUCUUCAAUGGCACACGUGCUUUGAGAGAUGAGCGGUUUCAGCUCGUGGAUUUCACGCCAAAACUGGUCAAGAUCCAUUUGUCCAAUGCCAAGUUGGAGGAUGAAGGUGGCUAUUUCUGCCAGUUGUACACUGAGGACACACAUCACCAGAUUGCCACUCUCACUGUGCUCGUUCCUCCGGAAAACCCACAAGUAGAAGUAAAAGAGCAAGCAGUGGAAGGGGGCCAGAUGGAGCUUAUCUGCUCAGCGCCCAGAACGAAACCAGAAGCCACACUACGCUGGUACCGGGACCGCAGGGAGCUCAAAGGUGUCGCCAGCAAACAGGAGAACAUAAAGACUUUCAGCAUCACAAACACGAUCGCAUUCCCCGUAGAGAGGCGGGACAAUGGCGAGAUCAUUACCUGUGAGGCAUCGCAUCCAGCUCUUAAAGGGCAGAAAAAGCAGACGCAGUAUGUCCUGGAUGUUCAGUUUUCCCCGACGGCCAGAAUUCAGCCCUCUCAAAGCCUGGUCAGAGAAGGAGACUUGCUCAACCUGAAGUGUGAAGUCACUGGAAAUCCCAGGCCGACUGAGAUCCUCUGGAGCCGCCUAAAUGACUCAUUACCGGAACGAUCGCAGGUCCAGGGUGACCUCCUGACCAUUCCUUCGCUUAGUCUGCAGGAUAACGGAACGUACAGCUGCCAGGUCUCCAACAAACAUGGCCGUUCCUCAGACCAGUAUGUGCUGGUGGUGUAUGACCCUGGAGCGAUCAUUGAGGCUCAGACUCAAGUUCCCUAUGCCAUAAUAGGCGGGAUUUUGGCGCUUCUGGUCUUCCUGGUCAUCUGUGUUCUGAUUGUCAUGGUCUGGUGCUCCGUCCGACAGAAAGGCUCAUACCUGACUCACGAAGCAAGCGGACUGGAUGAACAUGGCGAAGCCCGAGAAGCAUUUCUAAACGGAGGCGAGAACCACAAGCGAAAGGAGGAGUUUUUUAUUUAAAAGGGAAACAAAACAAAAAAAAGACACAGAAGAAACAAAUCCCAACACAGUAUUAAUAACCUGAUUUUUUUAUUUAAUCUUUCCUUUGGAGGGUGGGCAAUGGGGAAGCAGAGAAAGUGUGGGGAUAGGUAACCAUAGAAGAUGGGUAGAAAGGGAAGACGGACUCAGCCUCUGCUGUAAGAGGAUCAGCAGUGUCAACUUAUUGCUGCGCCGCCUACAGCUCAAGAGGGUCAAUAACCGGGUGUAGAGACUGCUGAACUGAACGUGAUGUGUGCAAGAUUUAAGUGAGCAUUGACUGUGGCCGUACAUCGGCUCUCUGGGGCAGUUGUGUUAUGUGCAAAUGAAAUGACUGGCGUCUAAAUAUAGUUUUAAGGAACAAAACUGAGAAAAAUAGAUGGUUUUACGUGAAAGAGCUUCUAAUGGCAUUCCCAAAAAUGGUUGUAAAAAUCCCCAUACCUUUUCAGAUACAAUAUUUAUGCUGCUUUGCUGAGCACGCCUUUUGUCCUAUGUAAGCUGCCAUUUUGGGAUGGCCUAAAAGUGGCAACCGCAAUUUUUUUCUGUGUGAUAACAGGACAGGGAAGGCAAUUGUGUGCUGAAAAGUAUCUAACUCUCAUCUCCAUUUUAAAAAAAAAUCAAGUCUUUCAUAUUACCCACGUCUUUUAUUAAAGACUCUUUCAUAUAAACCAA